CUGUUUAAGUGUUAUUUUCUCCUAUUCCAAGUUACUAGCUGAAAUAUCACGCAGGAAAGAGGUUUUAUCCCUCCGUCUUGCGAGGAUUUAAAGAGCAGCAUUACACUUGUAUUUCAUAUGACAUACACACACUACAUUACCUGAUUAGUUCAAAAGCUCUUCAAUAUCAAAAACCGAAAAAAUGGUCGUCGUCUUAACUUGGCGUGGUGCUGAGAUUCAUUCAGAGGAUGUGGCCAUCCUCGACAACACCCAGGCCUGGGUCAACGAUCACAUCAUCACCUUCUAUUUCGAACAUAUUGGGCGUUUGGUCAAUCAGAAAAAACAACUUCUAGCACCAGCACCAUCACUUCCGAGUGGGCCAGCAGCACUACCAUCAGACGCUUCUUCGCCCCCGUCUGAGAGUAAUGGCAACCGACAUGAUCAAGGGCAAGGUCAAGGACCAUCAACAGCUGCAUCCUCUUCCUCUAGCAACGGCCAUCCUCAACGGUCUCCUAUAAAUGCAGCAGGUUCUGGCGGCUCACCCCCAAGCCCCGAGCAGGUGUCUCGUGGCCGGCAAGGUCUAUCUUGUCCUGAAGAGGAAGUAGAACAAAAUGUUGCUGCAGGAGUUGUAUCUUCAUCUAGUUCUAGUGCGUUGGCGGGUGGUGGAACUUUAGCAAGCGCAAACGGAGGAAGCACCUCAACAUUAUCGCCCGCGUCAAGAACAGCCGGUUCUAAUGCAGUAGCGUCAUCAUCAGGCGGCUCUGGGGAUGCUCCUGAAGAGACGAGAAACGGAGACGUUUCAGUGAGCGGAGCAUCAGGGGAUGUUGGAAGUGUGCAGAACGAGCCACCACCGGAGGAAGUGUCUUCGAUUAUGAAAAGAUUUUAGAAGUGGGUCGAUUAUAUUAUGUUCUCUAUCUUCUUUACUAGUAUCUAAUGAAUAUGUUGAAUCUAAGUUACGACCCCUUCAGGAGCCGCCUCCUGAACAACCAGACGUGUUAGAAGUAGAUGGUUUUAGCACCCCUACUCGACGUUCGCGUGAACAACAGAACAUCAUCAAUCAAGGUGAAAGGAGAAGCAUGAUCCACGCCCCCCUUGAAGAAGAUGGUGUACUAGAGAGUGAUGUCGAGGAAAAGCAUCUCUUUAUCGGUGCCGAGGCAUCAUUCUGGUUACGACAGGAGAGUGAUGAAGACGACCUCGCCCAAACUAUCGAUAGUCUCGGCAUCUUCUCUCCCGACAGAGUGAGGGUCUAUUUUCCUUUGAACAACAACUCAGAUAGCGACGUAGCUGGUGGUGGUACGCACUGGAGCCUUCUUUGCUUCGAGCUGCCUGGUCGUGGUCGUGGUGAAGAUAGAAUCGUGUCGAGUACUUCUGGAGUCUGGCGACAUUUUGAUUCUGGAGGGUCUAUGAAUUUCCCCGUUGCAGUGGAAUUCGCUACAAAGCUCAGUCGAUUCUUCACGGGCAGUUCAGGCGGAAGUGGUGAAGCACCACACAUAGUCCAAGAAAAGGUACCGCAGCAGGCUAACAAUCAUGAUUGUGGCUUGUACACCAUCUGCUUCGCAGAACUCAUAGCCGCGACCACCAGUGAUCAGGAUACGCGGGGCUCGCUUGACACGCUGACACCUCUAGGUGUAACAAGAAAGCGUCUGGAGAUAAAAGAAUUGAUCCAAAACUACGUGUCCGAACAGGGUAAGAGGUAGUAGAUUUCGAGUAAAGGUGUAGUACUGCUGUGUGGUUGCAUCACUUGUGAUAUUGUUGUAUCGGGAUCGUUCUCCUCCAUCUUCCCUGAUGCAUAAAAAAACACCUCAUCCUCAAUCAUUUCACGGGAAGCGCAUGGUGGUGAGAAGAAGAGGGGAGAAAAUGAAAAACUAAACUUAUUGAUACUCGCUUCGCGAUAUGUGAAUGUGCUCCCUUGUCGUUGCACGCAUUUAUCUUGAGAUGUGUGCCGCUUGUCUUCGGAAUCGCUUACAUGACCAUAUUGUUAGUGGAAAAAGAAUAAGUAAGAGGAUGUGAUAGGAGAACGAUCAUGAGUAUCGGUGGAAUGUAUUGGGCUGGUGAGAUAAUCAAGAUAUUUCAGGUGUGUCAUAGCCUACAGCCUGUUCAGCUGAUGCUUCUUUCAAACAACGUACUAGACACCAAGGGUUACUGAAGGUCGAUGUGAAGAGUAAACCGACAACUUUAUUAUAACCAUUCUGAUGAACAAGAACAAGGUAAAGGAGAACAAGGGUUCUUCAUCUUCGAUUUUCUUCAUGUCCUCUGGUGCAAACAUCCGAUCCUCAGGGGAUGGGGAGCACUUCCGAUACUCAGGCAGCAC